AGGACGUAAAGGCUGGUUCUCGAGAGUAGGUUUUUGUGCGUGUUGCCUCCUGCCGGGUUGUAGAGUUUGGACCUCAUGGCGGAGAUAAUCCAGGAACGUAUAGAAGAUCGAAUUCCCGAAUUAGAACAGCUGGAGCGCGUUGGACUCUUCAGUCAUGCGGAGAUUAAGGCUAUCAUUAAAAAGGCUUCUGAUCUCGAAUACAAAAUACAGCGAAGAACUCUUUUCAAGGAAGACUUUAUCAAUUAUGUUCAAUAUGAAAUUAAUCUUUUGGAGCUGAUCAAGAGAAGAAGAACACGCAUUAAAUAUUCAUUUAAAAAGGAUGAGAUUGAACAUUCUAUUGUACACCGCAUACAAGGUGUCUUUGGACGUGCUUCAGCAAAGUGGAAAGAUGAUGUUCAACUUUGGCUGUCCUAUGUAGUUUUUUGUAAGAAAUGGGGUACCAAAGCUCAACUUAGUAAGAUAUUCUCUGCCAUGUUGGCUGUUCAUUCAAACAAGCCAGCUCUGUGGAUUAUGGCAGCCAAAUGGGAAAUGGAAGAUCGCUUGUCUUCAGAAAGUGCAAGGCACCUAUUUCUUCGGGCUCUGCGCUUUCAUCCUGAAUGCCCAAAACUCUAUCAAGAAUACUUUAGGAUGGAGCUGAUGCAUGCUGAGAAGCUGAGAAAGGAAAAGAAAGAAUUUGAAAAAGCUGCCAUGGACGUGGGGGAGUUUGAUCACCCUGAAGAAAUCCUUAUGGGCGAGUUGGCGAGGAUCAUCUACAAAACUUCUGUAAGCAAGAUUAAAGGUGCAGAAUUUCAUGUGUCACUUCUUUCCAUUGCUCAGCUAUUUGAUUUCGCCAAAGAUCUACAAAAAGAAAUUUAUGAUGACCUUCAGGCUCUGCACACGGAUGACCCUCUCACUUGGGAUUAUGUGGCACGGCGAGAAUUAGAGAUCGCAUCUCAACCAGGAGAAGAACAGCCUGCAACAAAACAAGCCAGAGCAGUGGAGGUGGCCCAGAGAGAGGAGAGGUGCUGUGCUGUGUAUGAAGAGGCAGUGAAGACUCUGCCUACAGAGGCCAUGUGGAAGUAUUAUAUCAACUUUUGCUUAGAAAGAUUUUCUAAGAAGACCAGUAGUGUGUUUCUCAGAGGGAAGAGGCUGGAAAGAACCAUGAAUACAUUCAGGAAGGCACAUGAACUCAAGCUCCUUUCAGAAUUCCAGUACAAGCAGUGGGUUGAGUUGUUGUUGCAACAUGACUUCUUUCGGGAAUCUCUAGAGGUGGCAGAAGCUGGGACUGAAUUGUUCAAGGAUUCUGUGACAAUGUGGCAGAUGAAACUGCAGGUGCUAAUUGACUCAAAGAGCCCUGACAUAGCCACACUUUUUGAAGAAGCCUUUGUGCACCUGAAACCUCAGGUUUGUUUGCCCUUGUGGAUUUUAUGGGCAGAAUGGAGUGAAGGUGCCAAAAGCCAAGAAGGCACAGAAGCAAUCUUUAAGAAAGCUAUCUUAGCCAUCACAGGUGCCAAUUCAGCAACUCUGAAGGAUAAAUACCUGGAUUGGGCUUAUCGAAAUGGUGGCUACAAAAAGGCCAGAGCUGUGUUUAAGAGUUUACAGGAAAGCCGUCCAUUUUCAGUGGAUUUUUUCAGGAAAAUGAUGCAGUUUGAAAAGGAGCAAGAAUCCUGCAAGAUGUCAAAUUUAAGGGAAUAUUAUGAGAGAGCUUUGAGAGAGUUUGGAUCUACAGAUUCUGAUCUUUGGAUGGAUUACAUCAAAGAAGAAUUGAACCACCCCCUCGGCAGACCUGAGAACUGUGGACAGAUUUAUUGGCGAGCCAUGAAAAUGUUGCAGGGACAGUCCGCAGAGAUGUUUGUUUCUAAACAUGCUAUGCAUCAGGCUGGCCACUAGUGAGGAGAAGAAUACACCAACUUUGUGAAAUUGUAUUGCAAGCCCUCUGGGCACAUUUGUAUUAAUGUGUCUGUGUAUAACUUGUUCAGAGAUGCAGACUAGAUGGUUGAUUGAUUUUGAGACAUGAUUUUUGUGUUAAUCUUCAGUUCCAGAAAACAAAAUUAUUGCUUAUUGAAUGGCUACUCAAUCUAAGAAGCCAGAUCUACCAUAGUUCUUAAAUAUUUCCCAAAAUACAACUGAGUUUCAUUUAUUGUCCUUGAUCAAGCAUGCAUAUCUAAUCUAGACCCAGAAGCCAGGUAAAAUGGAGGAGAAAACAUGGUUUCGUUAGUUCUUUCCUUAUUAUGAAAGUAUACCUGACAUACAUUUGAAAUAUAGGGGGAGAGUACAGUGUGGAAAAGACAGAAAGCUUCCUAUAAUCCAGCUGGAGCUGAACUCAGUAAUUUGGUUCCUUUAUCAGAAUUGAAUUUAUAGUUUUGGAUCCUUCAUUCAAGAAAUAUUUGAGUGCUCAUCAUGUGCAGGAAAGAAGGGAGACUUGGUGGUUGAAGUAGUGUUCAGCCAGAUGGCUUAUAAGAGCUGGUUUGAGCAGCAGAGGAAGAGGU